CUACCCGACUUCGGAGUUCCCGGUUCAGGCUGUAGCACUCCACGCCACGGACACCGAAUUAGCGAAGAAGAAAUAAAAUCUUCACAGCCUUGUCCUACAGAGACGACUGCAAACCCCGCAAUAAGCAAUGAGUGAAUUGUGUUGGUGGGGGGAGGGGAUUGGCGGUGACUGGGAAUCUGCAGAGCGUUCUGGGGCCUGAUGCGUGCCUGGGCCAGGGAAGAACUGAGGCUUGGCACCGUCGGAACGGAGUUUGUUGGUCUCUUCGGAAGUAUACAUACAGGCAGCCUGAAGCGAGUCGGGGAAACCAACUAGCUGUUGUCGAACCACGCCCAGAGGCUCCAUACUGAUGUCCACCGAGAAUCGCGAUGGGCUCGGCCACACAGCGCCGGAGAGUCCCUCUGCGGACGAGCGUUCGACCAGCAGGACUGCCCGCGCGCGUGAUUUGUUCUCCGUCCCUGCUCCGAUAAAACGCAUCUUCGACCGGUUCCCUCUGGUCGUAUAUCCUGCCAACGACCUUCCUCAGAGCCGAGACAGUGAAUUCCGCGGCAAUCGACUGUUUGUUUUCACCGACGCGGCGGGUUCGCGCCGUGGGAGGCCAUCGUUCAACCCGCAGUGUCUCAAGUGGCAGGCGUAUCUGAAAUUUGUCGGCAUCGAAUUCGAGACGGUACCGUCCACCAACCAUGCCUCCCCGACGGGUGCUCUUCCAUUUCUCCUUCCUACCCUCCCCCCUGGCACCAUCAACCCGAUACCCUCGACGAAGCUUCAGAAGUGGGCGAUCGAACAAGUUCACUGUGAGGAGGAACAGCAGUUGAACAUUCGAUUUGAAGUCUAUGCGUCGUUAUUAGACCACCGGAUACGCAAUGCUUGGCUCUACGCACUCUAUCUGGAUACGGAUAAUUUCAACGCGGUGGCUCGAAAGCUUUACGUGAACCCGACAACGACAAAUACGGCUGUGCGGAUGGUAUUAGCGGCCCAGCUUCAGCAGGCCGCGCGAGACGAGCUACUCAAGUCGUGUACCUACAUCGAUGUGAAUGACCUGGAAGCGGAAGCGGCCAAUGCCUUUGAAGCACUGUCGAACCUUCUAGGCGAUCAUACACACUUUUUCGACCGUCCGAACCCUGGUCUCUUCGACGCCAGCGUCUUUGCCUACACGCACCUGCUCUUGGACGAAGGCAUGGGAUGGAAACAGAACCGACUAGGGCGGGUGUUGAGGAAAUACGAGAAUCUUGUACAACAUAGGGAACGGCUGCUAAAAUGUUUUUAGACAUUAUUAGAUAAUUUUUUUACUCGAUUAAUUACUGACGAAGUGGUCAGAAACAAGAAG